CCGCUGCACUCCAGCCUGAGCAACAGAGCAAGAUGCUGUCUCAAGAGAGGAAAGUGUUUCAGGCGGGGCGCGGUGGCUCACGCCUGUACUCCCAGCACUUUGGGAGGCCAAGGUAGGUGGAUCGUUCAAGAUCAGCCUGGGCAACAUGGUGAAACCUCAUCUCUACAAAAUAUACAAAAAUUAGCUAGGUGUGGUGGCUCACGCCUGUAA